AUGAAUGGCAGUCAGUCACAAAUCCUUUCAUUUGUUGCUGUAGCAACAGCACGCCCUCAAGUCUAUGGACCUCCAAGCCAUCCUCAAGUCUUUGAGCAUCAUUCUUCCUCUUUCCGUGUUCCAAUUCGCUCUCAAGCUCCCGUUGAAGUUUCCAUCCAACCCUCCUUAGGAUAUACUUUGCCAACGCAAAACUUGGGAAGUUUCAAUCAAGCUCCUCAAACUUUCGUUCAACGUACUUACCAAGCUCCUCAGCAAGUUCAACAAGUUCAUCAUGUAUCCCAAAGUUACGGAGCUCCCCAACAACAAACUCAACAAUUUGUCUCAAGCGGUCCAUCGUUUGUCUCAAGCGGUCCAUCAAGCUCCUUUGUCUCAAGCGGUCCAUCAAACUUUGUAUCGACUUCAAACUUCGCGCCCUCUACCGGCGGAAAUUUCGUUUCUAAUGCUCCAACUCAAUCUUUCGUCUCACACUCUUCCGGUCCAGCAUUCUCUUCAGCUCCCGCUAAAACUAUUGUCACCAAAGACGUUUAUGUUCAUGAAGCUCCCGAAGAUCCAGAAGAGCACAUUACUCAUACCAUCAAUACUCCUCAAGUCAACCAAAAACAUUACAAAAUCUUGUUCAUUAAAGCGCCAUCUGCCAAUCUUAAGAGUACCAUUCGUGUUCAACAACCGGGACAAAAUGAAGAAAAGACAAUUGUCUACGUUUUGGUUAAGAAACCCGAAGUUAAUACGCAAAUCUUGCAACAAGAAGCAGCAGCUGCUCCCCAACACAAACCCGAAGUUUACUUCAUCAAGUACAAGAAUCCCAAAAAGGCGGGAAAUGUCGUUGGAGAUGCCCCAGUUGUUGGUCAAUCUCAUGGAACAACAGGCUCCGGGACCUCUUUGGGAGGCAUUGAACAUGCUGGCGGCAUCUACCCUGAAGAAAAACGUACUCGCAAGAGUCCUUCAAGCCCCUAUGGACCUGCUAACUACAGUCCAGCUGCUCCUUUAGGCUAA